GUGCUCCGUCGUUCACCACCUACCUCUGCCGCCGCCGCCAAUAUUCUCAACCUUUCUCUCCCAAGCCUUCUCAGGCAAGCGAGCCGCCCCUGAAAGCAGGGCCAAACCUUCCCGCUUCUGCCAUCCUCAAGAUGUCUGACUUCGCGCCCCCGCCCCCGCCCCCGCCUCAGAAUAUCGCACCGCAGAACAUUGCGCCGGCCGCUCAAGAAGACGGCUCGGGCGUCGUCCCACAGGUCCCUGAAGAUACCCCCGAACCUGUCCCCAUCACCGAGCAGGACAUCGGAGAAUACCGCGAACAGGACCGCUUCCUCCCAAUCGCGAACGUCUCGCGAAUCAUGAAGGGUGCGGUCCCAGGCACGGCGAAGAUCUCGAAGGAGGCCAAGGAGUGCGUGCAGGAGUGCGUGUCCGAGUUCAUCUCCUUCAUCACCUCCGAGGCGGCGGAGAAGUGCCAGCUCGAGAAGCGCAAGACGAUCGGCGGCGAGGACAUCCUCUACGCCAUGGUCACCCUCGGCUUCGAAAACUACGCAGAGACGCUCAAGAUCCACUUGGCCAAGCUCAGGCAGCACCAGUCUACACCAGGCAACUCGCGCAAUGCGGAAGGGAGCGCGGACGACUGAGCGUGGAGGUGAGACCCGUGAACGGUUCGGAUAUAUAUGAUGUUGUAUUCUAUACAGGUGUGCGCACCCAGUUCCUGUUGUAACUACGGAAUGCUCCCGCUGAGUCUCCGACCUUCUCUCUGCAUAUGUCUUAUCCUUAUGUAGAUUAUCGUCGCAGUCUUCCCGAAUGCGGUGCCUCUAUGGCGCACUCGCACUCGCUCCUCAGCUGCGCGCCUUUCUCGUCGGGCAUCUGUUCUCGAGCUUUGUCGUCCGGUGGCUGUUCGGUCAAUAGGUCUUUGAAAGUCGCCGUGAACGCCCUCGCGGAACCGUCCAGCCGCUGUUCGUCCUGUUCCUUGCGCGCGGUGGCCUCUUUGUCCAUCCUACCGCACAGCUCCGCGGUGCUGGGUGGGCUGAAAAAGCAGGCAAAACGGGGUCAAUAGCCAUGCGAGGGGCUUGUGCGGCUCUUCGGAAAGCUGUAGGUCGGCGAGGAUUGCAUGGCCGUUCAAACGUACAGACGACACACUUGCUCUGAAAGACAGCUCACGUGGUUGGGUAGAGACGCUGGCGCGUAGCGAAGUACACGGUAGAGUAGAAUGUAUCAAACGUCGGUGGGCAUCAGACUCUGCGGUGCUCCCCAGUGCUUAGCGGGAUGACC